AUGAAUGAUAAUAUUUUGCCUUCUUGGAGAGCAUUAUCGGAUUUAGAGGAUAAAAGGCGUUUUCGACAGCAAGAGGCUCUAAAUGAAAUAGAUCGCAUAGCCGUGCUUCUGAGUUCCACUCGUUCGAAUAUAACAGAAUAUGCUCCUUUAAUUGACGAGAACCUCUCUACUAUCGCAAAUAGCAUAAGCAUUUUAGUUCCCAGCGAGGAAGAUCCAUUUUGUCAAGAACCUCUUGUUGAGUUUGCCGAAUCCCCAUCGUGCGGCAAUCAGAAUUUUCAAAAUGUUCAUAAGGAUUAUGCAUGGGAUGAAUGUGAGCCCACCGAUGGCACAUGUGGAGAGCUUGCAGAUCCAAGUGCUGCUUGGCGAAUCCAUGGCAAAUUGCAUCCAACCCUUAUUUCAUUUGGUCUUCCUAUCAAUGAAUCUACAAAAACAGAAAGAAACCAUCUUAAUAGCCAUGAUGCUCAUCAGGACCUUGGUAACUAUAUCUAG